AUGGCGGGAAACAGGGGGGAGAGUGGGGGUGCGGUGAUGGCGGGAAACUUGAGGAAGCCGAGGACCAUCUCACGCAUUAUCCCUCUCUUCCGCGAGAAGAGGGCUUCGUUUCGGGGCCGCAAGAAGCUUCAUGCCUCUGGAGUUUUCCGGGACCGAAGUAGGGUCUUUCACGGCGGAAUCGCGAUGGCUGCGACCAGCCUCCCGAACAGGACCGGCGCUUGUUACUUCGAAACUGUAGACAACAGCCAUGAUAUCUGGCGAGAACCGGGGGCCCCUCGGCUGUCCGUCUCGGUGUUCCUCAAACAAGUCGGGCUCACCAUCUUCGUGUCAAACGCCCUCUUCCUCGCCCUUCGGCCGCUUCGCCAACCUCGGAUCAUCUCCGACAUUCUCUGUGGUGUGCUGUUAGGUACGUCUGGGUUCUCGCAUAGCCCCUACUUUCAUAAGAUCUUUCCCGAGAGGAGUUACGUGAAGGUCGAGACGGUCGGGUAUCUCGGCCUCAUGUACCAUCUGUUCCUAGUCGGGCUGAGGUUCGACCCAGCCGCGUUGGUGUUGAUCGGGAAGAAGGCUACCUCGAUCGCCCUGGCGGCCUUCUUCCUCCCCGGGAUCGUCGGGAUAAGCACCUUCUACAUAGUGACCAGCUCCAGCGGUUCCAGCGACGCCAACAGGCUCGGCGGCAUGUUCUGGGUGAUAGCCCUGACCUUCACGGGGUCGCCAGUCCUUGCGGAGGUCCUCGCAAGCAUCAAGCUCCUCCACAGCGACAUCGGGAGGACAGCGACGGCCGCAGCCGUGGUCAGUGACGUCUGCGCCUGGGCCCUCGUCAUACUGGUGAUACCCAUGAGCCUGGAGGGCAGAAGCUUCUACUACCCGCUCCUCGCGACCGCCGGGUUCGUGUCGGCGUGCCUCUUCGGAGUCCGCCCAGCCCUUGCUUGGGCGAUCAGGAAGACUUCUGGGGAGGGAAACUACAGCGACGGCUAUGUGGUGGUGAUCCUGAUGGGGGUGUCGGCAUUCGGGAUGAUCACGGACGUGAUCGGAACGCAUGCGAUGGUCGGCGCGUUCGUGUUCGGAUUGAUCAUGCCGAACGGGGAGCUGGGAUCGAGGCUGGUGCUGAAGAUGGAGGAGUGCGUGGACGGGAUCUUGUUGCCUUUCUUCUACGUGCUGUGCGGGGUCCGGGUGAAUCUGUGGGAGAUCAGAGGAGUGGGGAGCUGGGCGCUGACCGUGUUCGUGAUCUGUCUGGGUUGGAUGGCGAAGGUCCUGAGCACGCUCGGCAUCUCCACGUUCUUCAACAUCCAACCUCGGGAAGGCGUUGUCCUAGGAUUGCUCAUGAACUGCAAGAGCCUCCUAGGUUUGGCUCUGCUUGACGUGGCUUGGGACAAAGGGGCCUUGACGGUCCAGCAAUACUCGAUCAUGGUGCUGGCUUUCUUGAUCAUGACAGCAUCGGUGGCUCCGCUCAUCGACCUGGUUUAUGGCCCGACCAAGAGGUUCAUGAACUACAAGAUCCGAUCGGUCCAGGCGACCGGAUCAGACACCGAUUUCCGCGUCCUCUCGUGCAUCUACUCGACGCGCCACAUCGCGCCCAUCAUCAACCUCCUCGAGGUCUCCACGGGCAACAUGCACUCGCGCCUCGCCGUGUUCGGGCUCCACCUGGUCGAGGUGACGGGAUGCACCUCCGCAAUGCUCAUCGUCCACGAUCCGCACCGGCCCACCCGGGUCAACCUGCACGACCAGGCCCAGUCCGAUCACAUCAUGAAGUCCCUGGAGGACUUCGAGUACCAGAACCGGUCCGCGUCGGUCCAGCUCCUGACCAUCCUGUCGCCCUACGAGAGCAUGUGCGAGGAUGUGUGUGGCAUGGCCGAGGACAAGCGCGUCUCCCUCAUCAUCCUCCCGUUCCACCGCCGGUCCAUGACCUCCGGGGCCAUGGAGGACGCAGAGCCCGCAUUCCGGCCCGUCAACCAGAGCGUGCUCGAGAACGCGCCCUGCUCAGUGGCCCUCCUCGUAGACCGCGGGCUUGCGGCAGGGACGAUGCGGCGGACGGAUUCGAACCGCGCCAUGGCCUGCCGGGCCGUCAUGCUCUUUGUUGGGGGCCACGACGACCGCGAGGCCCUCGCCUACGCAUGGCAGAUGGCGGGCCACCGCUCCAUCAACCUCACGGUGGUGAGGUUCCUCCCCGGCAGCAACGUCGUCAACAUCGACCCCAUGGAGCUCCAAGAGCGGCAAGGCAUCCUGACAAUCGUUUCCGACGUCGAGCGGCAGGGGCGGCUCGACGACGUCUACAUCACCGAGUUCCGCCGGAAGAACUCGGGCAACAAUUCGAUAACCUACCGCGAGGUGACGGUGAACAACGGGGAUGAGACCGUGGCGGCGAUAAGGGAAAUGGACCGCGAGUUCGAUCUGUACAUCGUCGGGCGGAGCGAGCGGUCCAUAUCACCCCUCACGUUCGGGUUGGCGGAGUGGAGCGAGUACCCGGAGCUCGGGGCCAUCGGCGACGUACUCGUGUCUUCGAAUUUUAGCAUGCACGCCUCGGUUCUCGUGGUGCAACAAUAUGAUCCGAAGUCCACGGCGGCGGAUGAAGAUGGGAUCGGGAUCUUAGAUAGCUUGGCGUAUUUCAAGAAGUAG